AUGAUUUCUAUCUACAAUAUUCUUUUAAUUAAAGCUCAAGAACUUAUCAAUAAUUGGAAGUUUAUAGUGGAAACCUCAACUCUUAGUUCGAGUGUGAAAACCUCAACUCUUAGUUCGAGUGAUUUCUAUUUUGUCAAGGAUUGGACUACCCCAGUGAAGAAGGGAUAUAAGACGAAUCAGAUAUAUAACAAGCUUGGAGUAGUACAGGCAAAGCAACAAUUUAACGCGAUUAAAAAUUUCACAGAUCAGACAGAUGCUGCAACUCCACAGAAAAAAAAGAAUAAAGUUCAUAAAACUAGUUCUUUCCCAUCCGUUGAUGAAAUUAAAAAUAUUGUAACUUUGAAGGAUUUAAUCAAUCGAUUAAGACAAAUAAACUUAGGUUUAAUGGAAGAUGACUUUGAAGUCCUCAGCAACAAUGGAAUAAUUGGAAGAACUUCUCUUCUGUUAACUGAAAAAAAACUCAAAAGUCGUGACGUGAAGUUAGGACCAGCAAUGAAUAUUGCUUAUUCGGUUAACAAGCUUAAGAGGCAUAAAUCUGGCAACUCUCUUCCUAACUUUAUAUUAUUAAUAGAUGCUAACGAACUUGAAGCGAGUGGAGGUGAAGAUAUGUCAGAUUCGCCUCCCCAAGCCACUAAAUUCGACCAAGAAAAGUUCCGUGAAGAAAUUCGUGCUGAAAUUUAUUCUGAAGUUCAUUCCGAAAUUUGUGCUGUGAUAAAAAAUAUUAAAGAUGAUCUUAGAGACUUAUUAACUAAUACACAAUCAUAA